ACAUCAUUUUCUGAAUUUUUUUCUUCGUUAAAGCAUGGAAUAUUAAUGGUACAAACAAGAAGAAUCCUCGUUGACGACUAGGGUGCUUCCAAGUCUAUACGACGCUCCAUCCAACGGUCAAUAUUCGUUAAUAGGGUAUAUUAAUAUAUCCGAUUCUUCGAUAAAUACUCCAUUUCCCUUUUUGCAAGCUUACGAAACGGAAAAACAGUUAUCAAAUGGAUCCGCAGCCACGACACCACAGAGCAGCAGUUGCACAGGCUCGUCCUCCGCCUCCCAACUGCGAGUUUUCUCCCAUUCUCAUCGUUUUCCUUCUCUUCCUCGCCGUACUCUCCGUGAUAAUAAUUCCAUCAUCCCCAAGUAUUCAAGAUAGCAUAUCCAUCUUGCACCAAGUCCCAGAAGGUCAUGUUGGGGUGUACUGGAGAGGAGGUGCCCUUCUAGAAAUAAUUACUGAUCCAGGUUUUCAUCUAAAAAUGCCUCUGAUAACUCAGUAUGAGCCUGUUCAGUUGACGCUUCAGACAGAUCAAGUGACGGAUAUUCCAUGUGGUACCAAAGGGGGUGUCAUGAUUAACUUUGAGAAGAUAGAGGUUGUUAACCGGCUUCGUAAGGAAUAUGUAUAUGAGACACUGCUCAACUAUGGCGUGCACUAUGACAAAACGUGGAUAUAUGACAAGAUUCAUCAUGAAAUCAAUCAGUUCUGCAGCUCUCAUAGUCUCCAACAAGUCUACAUUGAUGUGUUUGACCAGAUUGAUGAAAAGAUGAAAGAUGCUCUUCAGGGUGAUUGCACGCGUUAUGCUCCUGGAAUUGAAAUUAUAAGUGUGCGUGUCACAAAGCCUACCAUUCCAGAAAGCAUAAGAAGGAAUUUCGAACAGAUGGAAGAAGAGCGCACAAAGGUCUUGAUUGCUAUUGAGAAGCAGAAAGUAGUUGAGAAAGAGGCAGAGACAAAGAAGAAGAUGGCUAUCAGUGAAGCUGAGAAAAAUUCCAAUGUGAGCAAGAUCCUAAUGGAACAGAAAUUGAUGGAGAAGGACAGUGUGAGGAGGCAGCAAGAAAUUGAGAAUCAAAUCUAUAUGGCUCAUGAAAAGAGCCAGGCAGACGCUGCCUUUUACCGUUUGAUGAAAGAAGCUGAAGCAAACAAGUUAAAGCUUACUCCUGAAUUUCUUGAACUGCAAUUUAUUGAAGCUAUAGCUGAUAAUACAAAAAUUUUCUUUGGGGACAAGGUAUCAAAUAUGGUUCUUGAUCAGAGGCUGCUAGGCAAUUUUCUGCAAAGGUUGUCCGGAGAGAUGGCUAGAGAGGGAAACUUGGAAGAAGGACCAAGUGAGAGAUUAGUAGCUUAGACUAAAUUCAGUAAGCUGUCCAUAUUAUUGGAUUGGUUGAUAUUUUAUGGUGAUGUCGAAAUAGGGAAAAGAAGAGAAAUUGUUAAUUGUGUUUGAGUUGAUGUUUUUGGGAGAUCACCCAGCUUCUUGGCCAUUGUUGGCUUUUUCCUUUUUUUAAUUACAAUUUUUUCCUUUGAAGAUAGAGUACAUGAUAGACAUUGUAAAUCAAACAAUGGUAGAACUUGAUGCAGGGCUUCAAUUUUGAGUCUUUUACCAUUAAAAGCAAGGCCUCAUUGGCAGCUAUUGUUGAUGAUAUUAAUAAUUUCCCUUUUUCUAUCC